UCUAUAAUAUCACGAUAUGGCUUGAAUUUUUUCUCAGUUGUGUUUGGUAGUCGGUGGAUGAAAUGUCGAGACAGGUAGUAAUUACAAUAAUUAGAAUCCAAGCAUAUUUUCUUACGAAAUGAGGUGGGGAAACCCACUGCUCAGUAUUUUAUUAAGUUUACGCUAUACAACUAUCCAUGUCGUGGGACAAUUUUCUUCCUCUGGACCAUACAAGAACACUAGUCACCAUUCUGGAGAUCACAAUUCCAAUGGCUACAACCACCAUAAGAAUUCAGACUACUCGGACAAUUUUUUUAAUCGGACUAUAAAUUGUGUUGAUAAUAAUUCAACACUGUGCAGCCAGCAUUACUGGCAAAAUAAUCACGCGUAUCAGUAUAAAGAACCGGUAGGUAAAUAUUAUAAUUAUGGCUGGAGUAACAAUGAUGACCGAUUUAAGGAACAAACCGUAAGCUGGUUGCAACAUCAACCAGUUUACUACUACGUAGACCCAAUGAGAUCCAAGGUGGACAAGGCGCACAGCUCAGAGUCUCAUUCUGAAUCGAAAGGUCACCAUGACUCGAUGUCUAAAGCCCACGGUUACGGGCAUGAAACUCAUCAGCACAAAGAGAAAGGUUGGGGUUGGCCACACCAUCAAGAACACCAUCAUCACCACGACAAGAAGAAGAAAAAGAAGAAGAAAGGAGUCCUGGGAAAGCUUUUAAAGAAAUUUAAGCCCCACAAAAAGCCGGAAAAGUUGAUCUGGAAAGAAGUCCCGGAAUGUGACGGUUUCGAAAAUUUUAUUAAGGAUCUAGAAAUAAUUUCUUGGAUCUUUGGAUGGAUUGGUUUUGCAAAAGCCACGCUUGGACUUCUUUUACACUUUUUAAAUCAGGUCUACCUCACAUUCAGUGUCAUCAAAGUUGGCCUCCCAGAACGAAUUUUAACCUUCAUCGAACUACAAAAUCCGGGGACAGCACCAGAACUAUUAAAAAUGAUUACAGAAAUAAUUGGACUUAUAGAUUACGUGAUAAACUUGUUAGUCUCCUACCCAUUGGGAAACAAAAUUGUUAUAAUUGAAUCUAUCGCGGAGGUUUUAACCAUUAUCAGUCUGGCUCUGGCUACGAUUACUAUAUUUGACGAUAUUGUAGAAGAAAAAGUUUGGACAAUUUUUGGAAUUGACUUGAGAGAAUUGUUCGAGGGCUACGGAUGUGAUAACCUAUUCAGCAAGGAAAAGAAAAUUGAGCAGUUUUUCGAAAAGUUCAACAAGUGGUAAAGUAUGUACUACAUGUGCGUUUAAUUCAUGCCAUGCAGUUUAUUUAUUGUUAAAAUUGACAUAUAAACACUUAUUGUACGUAUCAAAAGAAGUAAUUUCAAUCGUUGUAAAAUAUGAGAAUAAAACCAUUUGACAAUACAAAAUAAAACCUUCUUCCUUUUGUA